AUGGCGACUCUAACUCUAGAGCUUAACAUCAACUCUGCAAGUAACCUUGCAAAUGUCAAUCUCAUGUCAAAGAUGGACGUUUACGCCCACGUCACCAUUCAUGGCGACUACACUCAAAAGAAACAGAAGGUGAAAACCGCCGUCGAUCGCUCCGGUGGAUCUAACCCGACUUGGAAUCAUGCCGUCAAGUUUUCCGUCAACGAGACAUUAGCUCGUGACGGUCGUUCGUUAGUCAUCAUGAGAUUGAUCUCCCGUCGACUGCUAGGCAACAAAGAUAUCGGAGCCGUUAAAAUUCCGUUACUCGAGCUCUUGAAUGCAAUCACACCGUCAAUUAACGGUGACGCUAACGGCAAGGAGAUGGCGUUUGUGACGUAUCAGGUGAAAUCUACGUCUGGGAAACGGAAAGGCUCUUUGAAUUUCUCGUACCGGUUCACUACUCCACCGGUUAACUCGGAUUUACCAGUGACUGUUAACCGGGCGGUGAGUUUCCAGGGAAUCGCUAAUCCUCGGCCGUCGCAAAUCGAGCAUUCGCGUUCGGCUCCACCAGAAUUGACAACUAAGUAUCGUCCGCUGUCUAAGCCGUCGUAUCAGAAGGAUUCAGGCAAUAAGAAACAUCAGAUCGCCGUUAGGUCGAUGUUCGAUCCUCCUCUUCCAGUAUCCUACGGCGCUGGUUCAUCGCCUUAUGAGAAAUCCGGUUACGCGUACCGCCAUGCGCCACAGUCGCAGUCUUACAUUUCGCCGCCAGCAACAAGCCACCAAGGAUAUGCGCCGUACAGUUAUCUGCCGCCGUCGCCGCCGGGAUAUGGAUACGGAUAUCCGUCGAAGGGGAUUGGGCUUGGGCUUGGAUUGGGGGCUGGGCUUCUGGGUGGGCUGAUGAUGGGAGAUCUUGUGUCUGACGUGGCAAACUAUUAUGAUCUUUGA